CAGACAGCCUCCAGCACAGAGAAAAGCAGUUCCGGUGUAGCUCCAGUCCGCUUUGUCACAGGAUCCAUGUCUCCAGGUGCCCUCUCCAACCUUUUGGAGGCAGGUGAAGCUGUCCAAUCAGAUUGCCCUAGCCAGGUACGAGUGUGUAUUUCACUCCUUUCAUACAAUCUGAGCCGCUUUUUAAACUUCACUGGAGCUCUCACAUCAGUCGCUUUCACUUGACCAGGAGCCACACGCGCAGCUGCAUGGAUCCUGGGUACAGCUCUUGUCACUUCGGUUCCUUUUUUGGAUAAUAACUAUCCGCACUCCAUAUAUUUUACCCGCGACGACCUCUUCGUUUAUAGCUUUUCUCUCAGCCAGAGCAUCGCGUUUUCUUUUGGGAUAGUAAGAAUUGCUUAAGUCAUCCGACUUUUUAUUUUAUUUCAAUCUUUAUUUCCCCACAGAACUGUCAUACAAUGUUUCAACAGGCAGCAAAGCGCUGUUUCACUAUUGACUCUCUAGUAGCCAAGGACACUCCAUUGACUUCCGAAGAGCCCAUCAGACCCACAGCUCUGAGCUACCCGAACCCCGCAGAAGCCUUUAUGAACGGCUUCCAGAGCUCGGGGGGUAGGUCCCUGUACACCAGCCCGGAGCUGGUGUUCCCCGAGGCGAUGAACCACCCAUCACUGGCUGUUCACCCCCACCAACUCGGGGCCGCCCAUCUGCAACACCCGCACUCAUUCUUUGGACCCCAGCACCGGGACCCCCUUAAUUUCUAUCCCUGGGUUUUAAGGAACAGAUUCUUUGGGCACAGAUUUCAAGGAAGCGAAGUUUCCCAGGAAAGUUUGUUAAUGCACGGCCCCUUCGCCAGGAAGCCAAAGCGGAUCCGCACUGCCUUCUCCCCGUCACAGCUCCUGCGGUUGGAAAGGGCUUUCGAGAAGAACCAUUAUGUGGUGGGGGCCGAGAGGAAGCAGUUAGCCAACGGCCUCAGUCUGUCCGAAACACAGGUAAAGGUGUGGUUCCAGAACAGACGGACAAAGCACAAGAGGCAGAAGCUGGAUGAGGAGGGCCCAGAGUCUCAGCAGAAGAAGAAAGGGUCUCACCAUAUCAACAGGUGGCGGAUGGCCACCAAGCAGUCCAGCUCGGAGGACAUUGACGUCACAUCUGAGGACUAACUAGCCCCCUUCGGAGGGGAUCCCCAGACAUUGAGCUGGGGGCUCCAGACUACCUACGAACACUAAGACAUUUUCUAGUGCAAUGCACUAUUUAUUAUAGAAUAUGUAAAAUAUAUAUGUAUAUACCGGCAUAUAUACAACUAUAUUGAAAAACAACGAGGACAAAAUAAGUCUGCAGGAAUCCCCCCAGCUUGGAUUAAACCUGAGAAGUGAAGCUGGUGGUGUGUCCAAACACUCCUGGUGGUGUGUCUAAAACAUAUGUCCAAACACGCUUCUAUCAAGAAAAAAAGUGCUGGACAGCUGUGACUUUGUGUGUAUGUGUGUGUUAUAAUAACAACAACUAAAAAACUAAAGCAAGCAUGGGAGCGAAUGGGAGAGUCAGAGAUUGAGGUGUUUGCUGGGAUUUGGUUGGCUCAUCCUUUCCCCAACUUCCUGGGUUGGGUCCUGAACAGUCAGCUGCAGCGAGCAAGCUGCAGCUUUUGUUUAGUUCAUCGGGCCACCAUUUUUCCAUUGACACCUGGCACAGCCAAUAAAAACAAUGGACUAGCCAAUAUCUAGUCUUCUUUUUGAGAGUGAAUGCCUUUCCUUUGCAGUUGUUGGGAGAUCUUCCAAAGCAAUCUUGCAAUAAGGUUUUUGAGCCCACCGUACAAUAACUGUAUUAAUGUUGACUUAAAAUGAGCAUAUUUAUUUUAGUGGUGGUAUGUAUAUCUUCUGCCAUCAGUGUCUGGGAGCAAGCAACAUACUCUGCUCCCAGUGGACAUAUUCUUUGCAAUCUCAUAGCAGAUGGACCUUUGCCUGGAUACACCGACUUCUAAACUAAUCUCUAUGUGGAGAAGAAGAACUAACAGCAUCCCAAGCAUCCAAGAGCCAUGGCGCCAUGCGGCCAGUCGGACAUAUUUUUCAUGUAUUUAUUUAUUUAAAAUUAUUAUUUUUUCUCGUUUCACAGUAAGGAUCACACGGCAAAAGCAUUUUGUACCAAGAAAAUUAAAUAUGGCAAUCCUUCAUGUCUCUGUGUGUUCUCAGAAUGCACAGGCUGGUUAAUCCAGUAAUCUAAACUUGACAAGGAAGAACACUGAAGUUAGGUUAUGCACAGCUGCAUGUCAGUUUUGGAGGUUAACAUUAAUAUCAGGUAGUCCAAGAUUAUUGCUAAACAUGUAAAUUCCUCAAGCAAUAUAGUUUGGUUGCAGUUGUUUGAAGAAUAUGAUAGCAGUUGUUUAA